GCUGAAGCGGAAGAAUUAUUAUUAUUUGGCAAACUUGUGUGUUAAUGAACGUGAUUGUAACGAAAUGUUUAAUAUGUGGUUUGUCUCCUGAAUUCAUGUGAUGGAGAUUUGUGAAAUUAGUGACAGUUCGUAGAAAAGAGUAGAGACACAUGACUACCUUUGACGAUGAAAAUAUAUAGCAAGUAUUCUGUUUGUUUUAGAAUUUUCACGCAAAGUAACACAAGGGCUAUCUAUUUACCUACGCACAGCUUUCUUACUUUUGAACUGAGAGAGUGAAGGUAGCUAGUCAACAGUAUUCACCACAAACUCUUCAACUGCUUUUGUCUGGCCGAAUAAUUGAAUUUGAUCGUUACUGCUCAAGUUCACCAAUGGCCCCAAGUUGCGGAGCGCAUUUUGGAGGCAACGGAACGCCAGCCAUGAACCCUUGGAUUCACAAUCCAGACAGCUUUUAACCACUAAGCAGUGUCUGGCCCUCUAUGCUACCUUAUGAACUAGUAACCGUUCGAAAGAGGAGUGGAUUAACCUAAGAUGUUUGUUUUUAUAAGCCCGUGUUGGUGAGAGAAAAUAUCGAUCAGCUCGACUUUCGACCUGUCAUCUCAAGCCAAGAAGCGACGGAGGAAUAUGAUGACGUAGAAAACUACUCUGCUGAACCUUUUGAAUUACAAAAUGAGAUAAGUGGACGGCAGCUCUACCUUGUGUCUAGCGCUGAAGACCAAGACGAGGACAUUCAUGCAAGUAAAACUAGUCACAACGUUCCAGAGAAUGACACUAGGCCAGCUGCCGAAUAUGACGAUCCGUGGCAGUUAAGACUGGGUGUAAAGUUGGUAAAAAGGCUAUCACCUUCGUUAGAAAAUGGCCAGUUCCAGCUAUUGAACUCUCUUUGUUAUGUGCCAACCAGUGGAAAUGCAUUUUAUGACCCAGGCAGUAGCUCUGUAUUAAGUUCUGAGACCUACGACUCUGUGAACAGUGACCAAAUGGUCCGACAAAUGUAUGAAACUGCUUUUGAUUGCAGGGUAAAACGAAAUGUGGAAGAUAUUGAUCGUCUGGCUAAUAGUUCAGUGUUUCAUAUGGAAUCAAUGCAUUUAGAACACGGAUCUUAUCAAGAAUCGGAAUCCUCAACAUCUUCCAACAGUGGUUCUUCUGGUACCACUCCUACGCGUUACCCACGAUCCCUACCUCAAAAGUAUCUUCAUGGAAGGAUCCGACAAUCUCUUUCGCAGUGUGAACAGCCAGAAAAAAGAAAACUUUUUCAUCUCAGAAGUAAAGCUAGUCCAAAGCCUUUCUCCAAACAAGAAUGUGAGAAAAAUCCUACAAAUGGCGGGCGACGUCGUCAAGAACAAGAUCGAAAGAACAUGUCUGGUGGCCUGUUGCCAUUUAUUUGCAAGAAGGCCAUUCGUGGUCAUCUAGGUGUGAGAGUUCUUCCCAUGGAACUCGGUAAACCGUUAUCUAAUCUUCAAGAAAAAAAUUCACCCGGUAUUGAAGAUCUCGAGAGAAAGAUUUCGAAUUGUGAUUUAGAAACCUCAGAUCAUUUUAAGGUUGUAAGAUUGCAAAUUAACGAUGACCUAAAAAGUUCUGCCUCUUUGGUUAAAGAUUCUUCUCGAAAUUCUGACUCUUCAGUUAGGAAAGAGUUGGCUUACUCUAAUAUAGCGAAAUUUCAGUGUGAAGAAAAGUACACGAGGCCUCCUGGUGACUAUGAAUCACCAUUGAAUCAGUGUGAAGAAAAGGACACGAGGCCUCCUGGUGACUAUGAACCACCAUGGGAUCAGUGUGAAGAAAAGUUCAAGAUGCCUCCUGAUGACUAUGAAUCACCAUUGAAUCAGUGUGAAGAAAAGGACACGAGGCCUCCUGAUGACUAUGAACCACCAUGGGAUCAGUGUGAAGAAAAUGACACGAGGCCUCCUGAUGACUAUGAAUCACCAUGGGAUCAGUGUAAAGAAAAUGACACGAGGCCUCCUGAUGACUAUGAACUACCAUGGGAUGCACUCAGUCCUUGUAGCAGUCUUGAUGAGAUUUUGUCAGCACAUUAUCUCUCCUCUUCUGCUAACGUGCCUAGUUUCCAGUCAUGUCAUUCUUUCUUUAUGGGAGGUCGAAAAGAUCCAUCUGACCCCUCAGUUGAGCUCAGGCAUUCUUGCUGUAAUGAGUCAUCUUUUUCCAAAUCUAUCACCGAUGUCAAUCAACAAAGUGAUAUAAGUAAUACCAGGUCACUUGUAGACUAUUGUCUUCCAUGGGACUUACGAAAACAUGUUGAUCAACCUCAGCCAUUUGCAAGCCUGAGUCAUUCUGAUAAAACAGGGGAACAAGACCCUAUUAUUCCCAUCGAUUCUUCUGACUUCAACAGUCCUAGCUUAUCAGAUUUAAGGAAUUUUCAUCAAUGUAAAGCAUCCCAAUCUCAUUCUGAUAAAGCUUACAGUCCGAAUGAAAAGAAAAUUGGCUUUUCAAAGUCAACCCUAAGUGUAAAAAAAAACAUAAACCUACCUUCUACACUUUCUUCCGAGUCUUACCUGCAGACUGAGUUGGUACCUUCAACAAACAGGGACAUUGAAAAUAUACCAGGUGUGCCAAAGAGACCAAUAUCUCUUCCCAUCCAGAAUGUAGUAGCCGCAUCGUCAGUGAUGUCUACAACAAGGGAACAAAGUAACAUAGUAAGGAAACAAUUGAUUUCGCAAUCAUCAGUUAAUGGUCCUAAUGCAGCGUUUGUAUCUGUCUCUUCAUCGAUGAUACCUGUAACAAGGGAACAAAGCGUCAAAGUAAGCAAACAGUUUGUUUCCCAGAUAUCAGUUAGUGAUUCUGAUGCAGUCCAUUCAAGCUCUUCGAAAGUAUAUGGGCCCUCCCCUAGACUCCACUUGAACCUCGACUUGAAUACUGUGAAUGUUCCUAAACAUGUUCGGAAACAGGUGCUAUUGCAUCCAGGUUUUUCUGAAAUGGGCCCAUCGGUGGAAGAAGUUGAUCCCUCAGUUCCGCUAGAAAAGCAAGGAUGGUAUCACGGCUCUAUCAGAAGGAUUGAUGCAGAAAAGCUCCUGAGAGUCCUGAAGGAAGGGAGCUACCUGGUACGCAACAGUGAAAGCUCAAAGCAGGACUUUUCACUCUCUCUUAAGAGUGCUCGUGGUUUCAUGCAUAUGAAGAUUGUUUGUAAUGAUGGAAAGUUUAUUCUUGGUCAGUUCAGCAAGCCUUUUGACAGCAUCCCUGAAAUUAUUAGCUACUACUCAUUACAUAAACUACCCAUUAAAGGUGCAGAAUACAUGUCUCUUCGUCAUCCUGUCAUAGACCAACUUCUGUAGUUAUCUCAUAUAACCAAAUAUAUAUUUUUAACUGAUUUUUUACCUCCAGUGUAUAGCCAAUUUUCUUAAGUGUACCUACUGAUCCAGUUCAUAUUGAAACUAGUGUGUUCCAUUGAAGACUUUUAUAUCUUGUCAUUGGCCAACUUCUGUAGUUAUCUCAUAUAACCAAAUAUAUAUUUUUAACUGAUUUAUUUACCUCCAGUGUAUAGCCAAUUUUCUUAAGUGUACCUACUGAUCCAGUUCAUAUUGAAACUAGUGUGUUCCAUUGAAGACUUUUAUAUCUUGUCAUUGGCCAACUUCAAUAAGUCUUUACCUCCAUAUGCACAUGGCCCUUAUUUUUCAAAAAAUGAGAUAAAAUUUAUUCCAAUGAACAAAUCUUCCAUUCAGUCUUACAAAUUUAUCAGAUCAGUUUGUCUUCUUUGUUGUUCUUGCAAUCUUUCCCAGGAAAUUAUACAUCUUGUUUCAUGCCUUUUGGAGUCAGGUUUUCUAAUGAACAGUAGUUGCAACAUUACUUUAUGUUCUAUAGAUUCUACAGCUUUUAAGAACUUGUUUCCUUGUGUGAUAAAUAAAAAGCGUCAUUGUUCUUCUAUCUUAUUGUGGUCCAACUUUUUAUACAUCUAGGAUUCUUGCUCAAAGGUACCAAGUUCUCCAACUUCACAUCUGAAAACUUUUUCUAGUUCUCUGCUAUAUUUUUUGAAAGAAAAAAGCCCUAGAUGUAAUGGAUCGUGUUAUGAUCUGUAAUAUUCUAACUUAUUCUGCUCCUAAAAUCUUGUUCUAUGAUACAAGCAAGGGCAUAUUAAUCUAAUGAACAGCUUUCAGGAUACUCUCAACCAACUUCUGUUGGUCUUAACACUUUGUGAAGUUUUAUGCUUCUUCUAAAACACAGGAGUAAUAUAAUAUAUGGACAUAGUUCUCAUGAUAUUUAUAAACAUUUUCUAAUGAAACAAAAAUAUUCUGAAUCCACUGAAAGACGAUAUGUUCAUUAUACUUAAUGAAAUAAGUAGCUGCAUUGUUUUCAAGGAAAGCCCAUUAUAAGCAGGAAAAUUGAUAGAAGUUAAGUUUUCAGAAAAGCCCACCAUACCUAAGAAAAUGCACAUAAGUUCAGUUUUCAGGAAAGCCCACCAUAUCAAGAAAAAUGGAUAGAAAGACCAUAAUACCUAGGAAAAUGUGUAGAAGUCCAGUUUAAGGGAAUGUUUACCAUACCCAGGUAAAUAGACAGAAGUCCAGUUUUUAGGGAAUGCUUAUCAUAUCCCAAAAAAAAGAUAGAAGUCCAGUUUUCAGAGAAUGCUUAUCAUACCCAGGACAAUGGAUAAUCUAAUUUUCAGGGAAUACUUAUCAUACCCAGGAAAAUGGAUAAUCUAAUUUUCAGGGAAUACUUAUCAUACUCAGGUAAAUGGACAGAAGUCCAGUAAACGUAAACAUAAGCAAAAGAUGAAAAAUAAGAGUUUUUAUUGUGUUAUUCACAAUAUCUGUUUCACAUUUGUAUUAGUUAAUGAGAAAAUACAUACAUUUGGAUUAUUAAACUGAAAAUAACAUAACUUAAGUAUCUAAAUUGGAAGGAGUUUCAUUUAUACACUCAAGUGUGUGUAUGUGAAUCUGUACAAAUAUUGAUUAAUUAUCUUUUUUCUUAUAUGAUUUUCUAACAAAAAUGAAAGCUAAUAGGUAUUUUGUAACAGAAAUUUGGUGAUAAAAAAAGGACCAAAAUAUAUGUUAUAAAGUAAUUCUGAGAGCAUCGUGCACACCAUGUUAUGUAAGGCAGUCUUUCUUUUUUUGUAUCAUUAUGUAAAUAGACUGUUGACUGUAUGAAUGUUAAUUAUUGUCCAUGAAUAGAUAUGAGAUAGUGUUUCUGUAUACCAUUAAUUAAAUGGUUAAUGACUGUUUAAGUGAACAGUGACAUAUGGUUGUCAGCUUUUUUAAUUAAUUACCUUUAAAUUAUUAAUGUAUGUAAUAAAGGUAAACUGUUACAGAAAGUUCUAGAGCUUAACAUUUUAAAGAAGUUUCAACUUUUGAUUACCUUAUUUGGUUGUGGUUAGAUAUUUGUUUUGAUCUUUAUGAGACAUCACCAAAAGCUAGUUUUUAAUAGUUUAACAUUUGUUGAAACCUGCCACUAGUCUCCCUUACAUAACAAUUAAUGCAUGUGUGCUUACCUUAAACAAACUAUUUCUGUUGUUAUUGAUUAUGAUUAAAUUUUUUAUAUUUUUGUUGUAUUAUUAAUGUUCUUCCAAAAUUUUUGUUUUCAUUAUUGAAAAGUGGAUUUAUUGUUUAUUACUAUUCGAAAACCUUUAAAGAAUAACCAUAGAAGUUUAAGACUUCACCAAGGUAUAUUAUCCAACAGCAGGAUCCUAUUUUUGAUUAACUUAUUAAAGCUUUUGAUUUGCCACAAUAAUAUUUAUCAGUUACAAUCCUGAUGACUUUUCUAGACUAAACUUUAUAGGUGUUUAUGUUUUAAAUGUAUUUUAAGUGGUUCUGUUAAUUUUAAACAUGUUUUGGUACAUACACUAAGAGUGUAUUAUGUAUUCUAAAAUUAUACUGAAUCAAUUUAACUA